AUGUUUGAUUACAAGCUUCCAUCUCGCCGGCAGCUUUCAGGGCGUCUGUUGGAUUUAAUUUUCAAGCGUGAGAUGGGCCGGAUAAUUGCUUUGAUGAGUGGAGUUUCCGGGUGGGCGCUCGUGACGGAUGGCUGGUCCAACGUUAAUGGUGACAGUAUCAUCAAUUUUCUUGAAGAAGCGGUCGGAGCUGGGGCAGUUAUCGCCAUCGUUACCGACAACGCCGCGAAUAUGAAAAAGGCUUGGAAGCUUGUCCGGAUGGAGCGCAAAGGUAUGGUGUGCACUGGGUGUGCAGCGCAUGGAAUGGAUCUGCUGAUAAAAGACAUCUUUAAAAUGAAGUUUUUUAAAGACGUCCUCGACAAGGCACAAGCCCUAGCUCGUUUCAUCAGGGGUCGGCGUGGCUUGUGGUCGCGUUUUCGGGAUACUCAAAAACAACUUAAGAAGCGAGGAGAAAAACGCCGUCAUGUCAUUGCUGCUAUUUUUUCCGACACAGCCUUUCUAAGGAAUUACAAGGGCUCAGACCUGGAAGAAGCGACGAAGACCUUCAAGGACGAGGAGUUCUGGCAAGACGCUGCUGUUACAGUCGCUAUAAUCCGGCCUAUCAACACGAGCCUUGCUGCCUUUGAGCGUGAUGAUUGCAGUAUUUCGCUUGUUUACCACCAAUUCAGUUGGCUGCGUACUCACGAUGCUUACACAAAAUCCUUGGAUGGAUGUAGUGCGGAACUUCAGCUGCAGGUGCUUCGCGCAAUCGAGGACAGAAAAAAGAAAAUUUGCUGGAAGCCACUGGGGAUUGCCCAUAUGCUGGACCAAACAAAAUCGAUGGAUGGGCACAACUCAAAAAAACUGAUAGCUGAUGCUACUGAACUUGCCAGGAAACUAGAGCUUGUCGAUCGAUCUCAGGAGGAUACGUUCCACAAUAAGCUGCAAGAAUUUGUUCUGGAAAAAUGUAGCUGGAAAGGGACGGAGCGCUUAGACAACAAUCGGUUCAGCCCAUUGAACUGGUGGUCACUUCCUGAUACCAAAUACCGUCUGGUGCAGUCGUUUGCGAAGCUACUAUUAUCAAUACCGACAUCGUCAGCUUCUAGUGAGCGUAGCUGGAGCAUCCACGAAUUUAUUCACACUAAACUGCGCAAUCGCCUUACUCCUGAGCGGGUUAGCAGACUCGUUUUCGUGUACACCAAUAUCGCUCGGAAAACUGAACAGCGACGAUAG